CCACGUUGUAGAGUUGUCAAAUGUGGUUAGGUUAGAUGUCAACCAACUGGCGUAUACAGCAAAUCUUUAUUGAAGUUUAGGCCUAAACAGCCAUAUAAAAACAGAAGUUUUUCAUUUCACCGUAUGAUAGUUGUGUUAGCAGUUAGAUAUUUUAGAUUGAUAUUUUAUAUACAAUAAUGUUUUUGAAGAAUGUUAAGACAACAUUAUUGUGUGGUCCAGAAACACUGAGUAGAUCUUUUAUGUUUGAGAUAAACAGAAAUAAAAUUUUAAUGAAAAUCUUGAAUAUUUUUAUAAUAAUUUUACUAUUGUCAAAGGCAGCAAUAUAUUGGGCGGAAAGGGGACGACGUGUUGUUUAUAUUACGCCAACCCCUUUAGAAAGACGACCAGCGAUUUGUCAUGACAGAAGUAACCCAACAGUUACGGCUCUCGAUCUAAUGAGAUUUAUAUAUUUGCCAGAUUAUGAAACUCUUAUAGAACAACUUGUGAAAUUGCAUACUUAUGCAGCCAUACCUUCCAUACUUUUGAUAGACGACUUGGAUAAUUACUUCAAUGACGAAUCUGUUAAAAAUGAUUCAUUUAUGCACAUUGCUAGAACUUGUGCUCUGAUAUCCCAUUCAAUGAAAUCGUGUUCACGAAUUCUAAAAAUGAAUGUUUAUGUGUGUGUAUGGACCAAUUCGAUUCUCGAUAAUAAUUUUCUUCAAACAAUUUAUUUUCGCAAUAUAUGGAAUUUGACAGAAGAAGAAGAUGGAAAAAUAAUAUUAAUGGAAAGAUUUGCUAUUGGAUUAUUAUUGAAGCCAUCAUAUAAAUAUCAUAAAUUCGAAGAUGGAAUGCGCGUUCUUCAACAAAUAUACGAUUCCAUGGAAGCUUAAUGAUAUUUUUUAAAUCAAUUUAGUUAUUAAUAAUCGUUUUUUUUAUUUUUGUUGCUUAGAAAAAAUAGGAUAAAUAAAAAUAAAAUGCAUUUUAAUUUUCUCCAGAAAAUCUAUAAUAUUUCUAUAAUUGCAAGAUUGAUUUUAUGACAAAUAUUAUUUCAAAUUACUUUACAAAAACUAAAUUUUCUACUGAACUAAUUUCUAUGUACUUGGCUAGUUAACUAUUGAUUUCAUGUUUAGUUUUGAUUUUUAUUUUUUAAGUGGAAAUUAUUUUCCAUGAAAAAAUUCUUUUAAAAGUUAUUUUUUAGAGAAAAAAUAAAAGUUAUGUAAUUUUUUGCGUACAAGUUAAGAUUCCUUUUAUGUACUUGGCGUAUUUUUUUUACCUUUAUAAGGUUUUUUUAGAGGGA